AUGGAAACGGUGUUAUCCACGUUUUUGUCGGUAAUAACUGCAGCAGGGGCAGAUAAGGCACUGCUUAUAUGCAAAGGAAUCAAAGGAGCAGAGGAAAUAUCUACAUUCAUUGGUCAAGUGCCACAAUGGAUAAACUACAAUCAGAACCUUGAAGAAUAUCUCCAGAUUCUUAAGAGGAAAAUGGAGUCUUUAGCGAGUGUACAAGCUGAUGUCGUAACUGAGCUUCAAAACACCGAGCAUCAGAGUGGCAGGAAGCGAAAGAGCGAAGUUAACCAUUGGAUGAGGAGUGUACGGGGAAAAUUUGAGGAUGUAAAAAAUGUUGAAGAUGGAUUUAACAGAGUGAGAUAUGUACCGAGAUUUCUCUUUCGUGCAUGGUUAGGGAGUUGCAUUGAGAAAGAAAUCCAACAAGUAAAAGACCUUAUACAACAAGGUUCAUUUCCUACAGGACUUCUACUCAAUGCACCCCAAGGUUGUGGAGAACUGUUAGUGACGAAUAUGUUGAAGGGCGUAGUUGUGAGUCAGAAGUUGGAUGAAAUCUGGGAGCAUCUUGUCAAUGCUACAACUAUAAGGAUUGGUGUUGUAGGACCUGAAGGCAUUGGCAAAAGUGCCAUCAUGGCUCAAGUCUAUAACCAAUUGAACCCAUCUUGUAAUCAAUAUCAUGUUUAUUAUGUUAAUGUACCUCGAAACUUUAGUAUCUACCGCCUUCAAGAUUGCAUUGCGGAAGAAAUAGGUGUGAAACUAAUACAAUCAGAAGGAAGUGAAAUCAAGAGGGCGGCUAAGAUAUUCAAUGUGCUCAAGAAGAAGAAGGUGUUUGUCCUCAUUCUAGAUGGAUUAUCCCAAUAUUUUGCUCUCGAAGAAGUAGGUAUCCCCAUGGAAGGGAAUGAAGGAAAAUUAAUUGUGACAUCUCGAGAUCUAGAUAUAUGUAGAAAAAUGUCAUGCCAAAAGACUGUUAUGUUAGAACCUUUGUCUGCAGAGGAUGCGAAAAAUUUGUUCAUGGAGAAACUAGCAGCAAAUGCUCCUCUUUCUGAAGAAAUUGAGGUUGUUGCUAGCAAUAUUAUUCAGCAAUGCAAUGGUAUACCUUUGAGAAUUAUAGAUAUGGCUGUCCAACUGAGAGGAGUUUCUGAUGUAAAUGAGUGGAGGUGCACAUUGUCUGAAAUGUGA